CGACAUAGUAUGCUGUAUGUAGUACUAAUAAAAUUGAAAAACGAAGGAGGUUAGUAUCUUACAAAAUUCACAAUCUUUUGUCAUUAUAUAUUGGGAAAUAACAUGAGAAGAGAAGAUGGCAUGAAAUCAGCUAAAACAAGGCAUAAAAAAGAACACUCCUAAAGAAAAGCCCAUCAGUUACACGCUUUCUCCACUGCUUCCUUUCUCCCUCUUGAUUUCUGUGAAGAUUGGUUGAAAAUGGGGAUGAAGAGAGAGAAAGAGGAGGUGAAGAAGAAGAGGAAGAAGGGAAGAAGGCCAUGUUGUGAGAGAGAGGGAGUGACCAAAGGAGCUUGGAGUCCUGAGGAGGACAAGAUUCUUGUUGAGUUUAUCACACAGAAUGGACAUGGAACAUGGAGGAAUCUCCCUCAGCUUGCAGGUCUCCUUCGCUGUGGAAAGAGCUGUCGUCUUCGCUGGACCAACUAUCUUCGACCUGACAUCAAACGUGGUCCCUUCAGCCCGGAGGAAGAGACCAUGAUUAUUCAACUGCACGGUGCGCUUGGUAACAAAUGGGCUGCCAUUGCCUCUCAUCUCGCAGGAAGAACAGACAACGAUGUCAAGAACUUCUGGAACUCACAUUUGAGGAAGCGCUUCGACAGCAAGGCCCUCGACCGGCCAUCUUCAUCUUCAAAGUCUGUUGGCACAAAAUCUGGUUCCCCUCACAUGGUUAAGUGGGAAGGUGUGAGGUUCGAUGCUGAGUUCCACCUCUCUAUGCCGUUCAACAACAGCAAAGGUGACUACUUCCUACACCUCUGGAACACUGAAGUCGGAGAGUCAUUCAGAAACGUGCACAAGACUGGAGAUGGAUGUGGUGGAGCUGCAUCUCGCAGUUCAACAUCACAGUCAUCAUCAUCCUUGACCAAAGUUGAGUCAACCAGUGUUUUUGAACUCUGUAAGACCCCCAGCCCAGUAGAGAUGAAAGUCAAGCUUAGGGAUGUCAAGAAGGAAACAGAGGAGGACAUUGCUGUGUUUUCAGACACAUCUAAGCCAUAUGAGCUUGAAGAUCCAUCUGAUUCAAUGCUGAAGCUGCUGCUGGAUUUUCCUAUUGGUGGUAACGACAUGGCAUUUCUCGACGCCAGUGAGGUCUCUACAUAAGCACGCUAAGCUGCUCUCAUCAACAUAUAUAUAUAUAUAUAGCUCACAAAGUGAACCAACUUCAUUUUCAGCUUAGAGCUGCUUAGUGUAUUGUAGGUUGGGUUCUGAGGCCUUUUGUUUUGAUAAUGAAAUGUAACUUCUUUGUCUUGAUUUUAUACUACAUCGGAGCUGCUUUUUUCCA